UUUAGCAUCACCACUCACUGCCGACAUUGUGCACUUCCCAACACCCAUGGCAGGCGUUUGUUAGGUCGGAGUAGGCGUGGAUCGUUAACACUGCCCGAGGCGAUAAAAUUGUUGCUGUGUAUGCAAAUCCAUCCAGGGUAUCAUGCUCCUUCGUCUGCCACCAGAACUGCAGACAAUCGUCUGCAAAGAGGCUUCACCUGGCACACUCGCGUCUUUGGCUCAGACGUCGUCUCAUCUUCUACCUCUCGCCCAAUCUGUCUUGUACCGACAUGUCACCGUCGAUGACAGAGCUGCGCGCGAACGGUUCUGGGGACGAAGGUGCAACUGGCGUCGCUCGCCACGUUACGACGAUCCCACCACAUACACGCUAUUCCAGAGCACCCUUCUCUCUGCUCCAUUCCACUUCGGGCCUUUCAUAGUCUCCCUCCAGAUUUCCUCGGUAUUUCAAGAUCUCACAUGGGACGACCUCGGAGUCAUAUUCCUGGCGAUGCCCAAUCUUCUCCGACUGAGAAUCAAUCUCCUUGACCGUGGGCAAGACACGACGGGUGUGAAAGCGUUGUGUAGAGUCACCCCUCGGUUACAAGAGUUCUCAUCCGCCAGCACUCUCGUCUGUCCCGACUUCGUAACCUUUCUCAAGAACCAUCCCAACUUGACCAUCUGGCGUCACGGGACGGAACAAGGGUCGUUAAACAAGAAGUGGGAGCCCCAUUCGCCUGUCCCUGAGCAUCUCCUCGCUCGAUUCGUUCAAUACGAGGCUCAGAUCAAUGUCCCCGAGCUUUCGGCGCCCAUUCUACGAGGAAUGACCAAUCUCACACAUCUCGCCCUCGACUUCCAUAUCGACUCUCCGCUUGCUUCGUACAAAGCUCCAUUGAACUUCGACGCACAAUUGGCCGAAGUCAUCAGCAUUUGCGGCCGAAACCUUCGAUACUUCGCCCUCGGGAGCCUCUGGGCCGCUAAAGUCCCGGGAGACCAUCCGUUCGUUUGGUGCAUCCAAAGCCUCGUCUCGCAUAUGCCGGUUUUGCAGCACCUUCAGUGCGGCGAUUGGCCCGAAGAGGAACUCAAACAAGAGGUCGUUGACAUCGUCAGACGUACCGUCCCCGCCACCUUGCGAACCUUUCGGCUGUGCUUCACAUUCCACGAUCGACGAGUCAUCAUGCUUGACGAAGGAAUCGAUCAUGCUUUCGCCUCAGCUCGACUCGUCACUCGACUUCUACCGACGGUUACGAAGUUCGUCUAUCGGGAUUAUUGCCUAACCUCCUCUAUUGGUGGCGAAUGGACCCGGGAGUCGUCGAAGGGAGAUAUGUGGACUCCGGACUGGGGCUAUGAGCUUUGAGGGUCUGUAUGCGCGAUCACACUAUGCUGUACGUUUUCACCUGUCUUCAGGCGACUCUGCGAGAUGGACAGUAUACUAUAACGCUAAUUUGACCUGCAUUUACCUUAGACUUCUAUUCAUUCGGCCAACAUUGUUCAUAAGUUAACCCUUCGGGCGAGCCUGUCCGUGCGUACUACAUUAUAGGUCUCUUUCUGUGUUACGCUAUGCAUAUCGCUUCUCCCACAAUUUUAUCUUCCUGGUUCGUUCUUGCAACAAAUUUUGUUUCCGAGCAUAAUUCCUAUGUAUCUGUACCUUCGACUUCCGUGCCGCAAUAGCAGCUUACCAUCAAC